CAGAGACAGAGAAAGAAACAGUGGGUGCAUCAAAAGGUUCUCUCAUAGUUUAAUCGCAUGUGCUGCCACAUCCUUUUAUUGUAUGCGCAAACCAUAAACAAAUCGAGGUACGCGUCGAAAGUCCCUUUAAGUAUCAGUACAUGUUCUUGUCCAUCAUCUCACCAGGUCAGAGAGUUUUUGAAGCACCGCGUGAGGGCUGCAGGCUUUGCGAGGCGAGGCAAAGGCACGGGGUGUAGGACCUGCGAGAAGCCAAAGAUGAACUAUAAGAAAGGCCUGUGGUCGCCUGACGAGGAUCGAAGACUGAGAGACUACAUCCUCAAGCAUGGUCUCAGCUGCUGGAGUGCAGUUCCUGGCAGCGCCGGCCUGCAACGAAAUGGGAAGAGCUGCAGACUGAGGUGGAUCAAUUACCUGCGGCCAGGCUUGAAGCGUGGGAACUUUUCUCCAGAAGAGGAGGAAACAGUCAUCAACCUUCAAGCCAAGUUGGGGAACAGGUGGUCACAAAUAGCAAUGCAUCUCCCUGGAAGAACUGAUAAUGAAGUCAAGAACUACUGGAAUUCAUAUCUCAAAAAGAGAGUUACCAAGGCUCAGAAUUCAGAUCCUCAUGCCUCUGCAACCUCCUCCUCGGACUGCACCAACCAAGGUCCGGUCAAACAUGAAGAAGAACCAAAUAGCCAGAUGAUUUCACCUGCAACGCAUGUGGACAUUGGAGGUUUCUCUCCAAAGUUGACUGCUUUAAAUCGCUUGCCUAGGGUUCUGUUUGGAGAUUGUCUCCAGGCUAAUGGUGGUGAUAGCUUGCAUGACCAGGGGGAGGUGAUGACCAACCCAUGGCACAACACCAAUCCACAUGGAGAGGCGUCUGGGCAAGCUACUGAUGGCACCACAAAUGGAUAUGCUGGUGCUUGCAUGAAUGGGGAGAUGCAAGCACAACCCGAAGCUUUGCUCCAGAAUCAAGAAAAUGGAUUCUUUGAUAUCUUAUUCCCUGGCUUGGUCUAUGAUGGAAUGGACUUCUGUGACAGGGAGUUUUAGUUAGGGUUGGGAGGUAGGAGGAAUACUUUGGUUUGUGUAACAUCUGCAAUAAUUCCAAUUUGUUCUUGUGCAGUCCCUGUUGUUCAUUUUGUCACAUACUGAUGCAAUGUAUUGUCCACAUACCAAAAGUCUGGCUAAUUUUUUUUGGUAGAGUGUAAGGGAUAAUAAUGUAUGGUUCUAUUUAAUCA